AUGACUGAGGGUUUAGAUCACAGAUUCAGUUAUCUCACCUGGGAACAGAUUAAAAUACUGGAUCAAGUGCUGACUGAGGUAAUCCCCAUUCACGGAAGAGGGAAUUUUCCAACUUUAGAGGUAAAGCCAAAAGACAUCAUUCAUGUCGUCAAAGAGCAACUGAUAAAGAAACAGAUCGUUGUCCAUGACAUUCGCUUGAACGGAUCCACGGCGAGUCACAUCCUGGUGAAGCAAAAUGGCACCAGCUACAAAGACCUGGACAUCAUUUUUGGGGUGGAGCUUCCCAGCGCACAUGAAUUCCAGGUCGUGAAGGAAUCUGUCUUGAAUUGCCUCUUGGAUUUUCUACCAAAAGGCGUCAACAAGGAAAAAAUCACAGCACAGACCAUGAAAGAGGCAUAUGUCCAGAAGAUGGUGAAAGUGUCCACCGAUCAUGAUCGCUGGAGCCUCAUCUCCCUGUCCAACAACAGUGGCAAAAAUGUGGAGCUCAAGUUCGUCAACUCCCUGCGGAGGCAGUUUGAGUUCAGUGUAGAUUCCUUUCAGAUCAUCCUUGACACUGUUUUGGAUGUCUACAGUGAUGCGAAUGGCAAACUUACCGAAGACGCAGAGCUGUCUGUCAUUGCGGAGAGCAUGUACGGAGAUUUUGAGGAAGCUAUGGACCACUUGAAAUACAAGCUGAUUGCUACCAGGAAUCCGGAAGAGAUCCGCGGAGGAGGUCUUUUGAAAUACAGCAAUCUCCUAGUCCGGGAUUUUAAGCCGGCGGAUGAAGUCGAGAUCAAGUCAUUGGAACGUUAUAUGUGUUCUCGGUUCUUCAUUGACUUUCCAGAUGUAGCUGAGCAACAGCGGAAGAUUGAGUCUUACCUGCGCAAUCACUUCAUCGGGGAAGAGAAGAGCAAGUACGACUACCUGAUGACCUUGCGCGGUGUUGUGAACGAGAGCACGGUCUGCCUUAUGGGCCACGAACGAAGGCAAACGCUAAAUAUGAUUACAAUCCUGGCUCUCAAAGUACUGGGAGAGCAAAACAUCAUCCCCAAUGUAGCCAACGUAACCUGCUACUAUCAGCCUGCCCCUUAUAUCAGUGACAGGAACUUCAGCAAUUACUAUAUCGCUCAUGGACAACCGUCUAUUAUCUACCAGCCCUAUUCCUUCCACAUACACAUGCAAAGUGGCAUGGUGUAGCCGAUCACGAAAACCUCCUUGCCUUACAUCAAUCAACUCUUCCUUUGCCCUUGCUCCACCCAACAGUUCUCUUCGAAAUAAAGUCCUCGUUAAAGCAAAUUUUCCCACCACUUUUGAUUAGCGGGACAUCUUUUGGUGUGUGUACCCCACCUGUACAUGUGCGUUGUUGCAAAGGUCCAUCAAAGGUCCAUCAAUUGGUCCAGACCUUGAAAUAACCUUCAGGCAGCUUGGGAAAGAUUGACUUGUAUAUCAGGGGGAUUGUGUUUUGACUAACUACACGUUGCAUUACUCAUCUAGUGCCGUAAAAUGAUGAUCUCUUUGUGUUGUUGUUUUUUCAAGUACCAAUUUGUGUUCUUCUCUCUUUAUUGCAAUAGUUGGCCAAGGCUAGAAAAGGGUAGCCAGCGAUAAGGUAUUACAAGUGACACAAGGGGAUGGGAGAUGAUGAUGCCAUGCCUGAAGAGAAGUGCAACAGCCAUGAGAGUUCACUAUGGAAGCAGCUUUCUUCAAGUUGGUACCUUUCCAAUGGUGUUUGGUUUACAUUUCCCAGAAUGUCAAACAUUGCUGGUUGGGAAUUUUGUGAAUUAAAGCCCAGCAUUGGAUUUAAUUUUCCUGGGCACCAGAUUGGGGAAAUCUGAUAUAAAUAUAUCUUUUCCCCAAGGUAGCUUCCAGACUUGUGAACUUCAACUCCCAGAAUUCUCAGCAAUGAUCAUCUUAUCUGGGGAAUUUUGGGAGAUGGUUCAGAUAUCUAGUGACGCCCAGGUUAGGAAAGACUCUAGAGGUUUCAUAGAGACUAGGUGACCUGCAUGAUUUCUAACAAACGUGAAGAGUGGGGAAAAAAUGCUUCUGAGCAUUUUUAGAAGUUCUGCCAUGGUUUGUAGAAGGGAUUCUAGCCCUUUCACUCUAACCUGUGAGAAGAUAGAAGUUGCCCUUCCAUAUAUUAAUUGUAAUUGGGAGUGAGGAUAUUAAUUGAAUGAGAUAAAAGCCCGGCAUUGCCCGACUGAAGUAUCUGCUGGAUCAGGAAUAGGUAUCCCACAACCCUCUUCACUGAGAUUUAAGUUAUCAAUUCUCCCCUUCAAAGACCACCCAUACAAAAUUGUGGCUUGUGGCAUCCAUUGCCCACAA